AUCCGUCGAAAACAGCAAAAACACAUCGCUGCUAACGGAUUGCGCAACGUCGCCCGUUCAACAUGUAUUUUCUCACAUCGUAGUGACAUGAGGGCGACAUGGGUGCCAAGGAGUCAAGGAUAGGUUUCCUUUCGUAUGAAGAGGCCGUUAAAAGAGUGACUGAUGUGGAGUUGAAGCGGCUGAAGGAUGCCUUUAAGAGGACCAGCGGCCUGUCCUUCUACAUGGCCCAACAGUGCUUCUACAGAGAAGUACUGGGAGAUGGGAUCCCUCCGAAGGUUGCAGAGGUGAUCUACAACUCGUUUGGAGGUACCUUUAAAGGACUGCACUUCAACAACCUCAUCAUUGGCCUGGUGCUGCUGACCAGAGGACGAGAUGGGGAGAAGGCCAAGUACCUCUUCAGCCUGUUUGCCAGUGAGUCGGGUGGCUAUGCGGCGCGGGAUGACAUGGAGGCCGUGCUACGGGCGGUGGACGGGGAAGUCCCGCCCUCUCUCAGGAAGUGCUUCAGCGAGGGGGAGAAAGUCAACUAUGAGCGCUUUAAGAGCUGGCUCCUUCAGAACACGGAGGCGUUCACCUUCUCCCGUUGGCUGCUCUCCGGAGGCGUGUGUGUCACCCUCACAGACGACAGCGACACGCCCACCUUCUACCAGACUCUGGCCGGAGUCACACACUUAGAAGAGUCUGAUAUCAUUGACUUGGAGAAGCGCUAUUGGCUGCUGAAAGCCCAGUCCAGGACCGGACGCUUUGACUUGGAGACCUUUGUCCCGCUGGUCUCUCCUCCUAUUCGCGCUUCGCUAAGUGAAGGUUUGUUUCAUGCCUUUGAUGAGAACCGGGACAAUCACAUCGACUUUAAGGAGAUCUCCUGUGGCCUGUCUGCCUGUUGCCGGGGGCCCGUCGCCGAGAGGCAGAAAUUUUGUUUCAAAGUGUUUGAUGUGGACCGGGACGGGGUUCUGUCUCGAGACGAAAUCCAUGAAAUGGUGGUCGCACUCCUGGAGGUGUGGAAAGACAAUCGCACACACACACUCCCUGAGCUGCUCACCAACGUGUCGGACAUAGUGGAGGGAAUCCUGAAGAUGCACGACACGACAAAGCUGGGUCACCUGACCCUAGAGGACUACCAAAUAUGGAGUGUGAAGAGCGCUUUGGCCAACGAGUUCCUCAACCUGCUGUUCCAGGUGUCCCACAUUGUCCUGGGCCUUCGGCCUGCUACUCCUGAAGAGGAGGGACAAAUCAUCAGGGGGUGGCUGGACAGAGAGGCCAGACGUGGGCUUCAGCCUGGUGAGAACAGGUUCCUCAUCUCCAGCCAGUGGUGGACGCUCUGGAAGGACCAUGUCAGAUAUGACCACAAGUCCAUCCUGAUGGAUCAGCCCUCUGUCCUCUCCUCUCUGAGGAAUCCUCAGGCCUCUGCCACCGUCGAGCCUGCCCCCCUGGAGCCAGGGGUAGGUGAAGGUCUGGGGGUCCCCAGCCCAGCCAGCCCCACAGAGGAGAGGUCUCCUGAUGCUGUGUUCAGCGUCUCUGAAGCCACAGAGACACAAAGCACAGUGGUGACCCCCCAGGCCGGCCCCUCAGCCACAGAGACCUCUUUUGCCCGGCAACACCACGUGUCAGACAACAACCAGUGUUUCUCGGGGGACAACGGCCACAUCCCCUCCCUCUCUCAGUCCCAUCUGGCAGCUCAGAGGCCUGGAGCCAUCGACAACACGCCCCUGGUCAACACAGACCCCAUGAAGGCCCCCUCAUUGACCAUGGAGGGAGGCCGGCUGAACCAAUCCUUACAGCUGGUGGCGGGCAAGGACUUUGAGACGGUGCCAGAGCCGGUGUGGAGGGCGCUGUUCCACUGGUAUGGAGCCAACCUCAGCCUGCCACGACCGGUGAUCCAGCAGACGAAAACAGGCCGUGCUGAGCUGGAGCUCUUCCCACGCUACCUCCUCUUCCUGCGGCAGCAGCCCGCCACACGCACCCCCCAGUCCAACAUCUGGGUUAACAUGGGUAUGACCAGCCUGAGAAUGUUCCCCCAGCAUCUCCCCAGAGGGAACGUGCCCUCCCCCAACGCUCCUCUGAAGCGUGUCCUGGCCUAUACAGGCUGUUUCAGCCGCGUGGGCACCAUCAAGGACAUCCACCUGUACCUGUCUCGGAGGCUACGCAUCAAAGACGAGGACAUGAGGCUGUGGCUCUACAACAGCGAGAACUAUCUGACCCUGCUGGAUGACGAGGACCACACUCUGGAGGGCCUGAAGAUCCAGGACGAGCAGCACUUAGUUAUCGAAGUUCGGAACAAAGACAUGAGCUGGCCAGAAGAGAUGUCCUUCAUCGCUAACAGCAGUACAAUGGACCGACAUAAAGUUGCUACGGAGAAGGGUGCCACGGGCCUCAGUAACCUAGGCAACACGUGCUUUAUGAACUCUAGUAUCCAGUGUGUGAGCAACACCACGCCUCUGACUGACUACUUCAUCUCAGGAAGACACCUCUAUGAACUCAACAGAACCAACCCCAUCGGGAUGCGAGGUCACAUGGCUAAAUGCUACGGAGACCUGCUGAUGGAGCUGUGGAGUGGAACACAGAGGAACGUUGCUCCUCUCAAACUCCGGUGGACGAUAGCGAAGUACGCCCCGCGGUUCAACGGCUUCCAGCAGCAGGACAGUCAGGAGCUCCUGGCCUUCCUAUUGGACGGGCUCCAUGAGGACCUGAACAGGGUGCAUGAGAAACCCUACGUAGAGCUGAAGGACAGCAACGGACGACCCGACUGGGAGGUCGCAUCAGAGGCGUGGGAGAACCACUUGCUGAGGAACCGUUCCAUCGUGGUGGAUCUGUUCCACGGCCAGCUCAAGUCCCAGGUCAAGUGUAAGACGUGUGGUCACAUCAGCGCCCGCUUCGACCCCUUCAACUUCCUGUCUUUACCCCUCCCCAUGGACAGCUCCAUGCACCUGGAGAUCACUGUCAUUAUGCUGGAUGGUUCUACCCCUGUACGGUUCGGCCUGAGGCUCAACAUGGAUGACAAGUACACCGGCCUGAAGAAACAGCUGAGUGAACUGUGUAGUCUGAAACCAGAACAGAUACUACUGGCUGAGGUCCACACCUCCAACAUCAAGAACUUCCCUCAGGAUAACGAGAAGGUGCGUCUGUCGGGGAACGGCUUCCUGUGCGCGUUUGAGAUCCCUGUCCCAGGCUCCCCCACCUCCCUCACCUCCCUCUCCUCUCCAACACAGACAGACAUCACCCCUGUGCCCGUGGCUAAUGGGGUGGCGGUGACAGCGGAAGGGCAUCCUGCCGGUAAGCCUGGUCUGAUCCCCAUCGGCAUGCCCAGCGCUGUGGUGCCCUGCAGAGAGGCCACGCAGAGAGCCCUGGUCAACGGACACGUGCCCCCCGUCCAGGACAGCCCCUUCAUUGGGUACAUCAUUGCCAUGCACAGAAAGAUGAUCCGGACGGAGUUGUAUUUCCUGUCCAGUCAGAAGAACCGUGCCAGUCUGUUUGGGAUGCCUCUGAUCGUUCCCUGUACGGUUCACACCAGUCAGAAGGACCUGUACGAUGCUGUCUGGAUACAGGUGGCCCGUCUGGCCAGCCCUCUGCCCCCGCAGGAGGCCAGCAACCAUGCACAGGACUGUGAUGACAGUAUGGGCUACCAGUACCCCUUCACACUGAGAGUGGUGGGGAAGGAUGGCAGCUCGUGUGCCUGGUGUCCCUGGUACAGGUUCUGUCGAGGCUGUGCGGUGGACUGUACGGAGGACAGGGCCUCGGUAGAAAACGCCUACAUAGCUGUCGACUGGGAUCCUACGGCCCUACACCUCCGUUACCAGACCUCACAGGAGAGGAUAGUAGAGGAGCACUGUAGUGUGCAGCAGAGUCGCAGGGCCCAGGCUGAGCCCGUCAGUCUAGACAGUUGUCUGAAGGCCUUCACCAGUGAGGAGGAGCUGGGAGAGGAUGAGCUCUACUACUGCUCCAAGUGCAAGACCCACCGCCUGGCCACUAAGAAACUGGACCUGUGGAGACUGCCGCCUAUACUGAUAGUACACCUGAAGAGGUUCCAGUUUGUGAACGGCCGCUGGAUCAAGUCUCAGAAGAUCGUCCAGUUUCCCAGAGAGAGUUUUGACCCUAGUGUUUACCUGGCUCCCCGGGAGGCGGGGCUUAACGGGCUACACGGUCUGCAGAGCCGCAGCGAGGGGGAGGAGCUACUAAGGAUAAGAGGAGAAGAAACGGUAUCCUCCAUCUCCGCCCCUGCUGGGUUCCUCAACAUCCUCAAAGCCUCUCCAGCGUCAGGCAGGAAGUCAGCCCCUCCCUCCUUCAUCAGCCGUACCAGCAGCCCCUGCAGCAGCCCUAAGACAGGAGGAGGCAGUCCAGGGGGCACGGGCCACAGACAGACCCGCCUCAGGCUCCCUCAGCUGGCCAGCCGGCACCGCCUCUCCAACAGCAAGGAGAACCUGGAGGGUAGUACCAGGGAGAGGGGAAGCGGCCCUGACACAGAGCCCAGGAAGGGAGCACCGCAGGCGGACACGGAGGGUGGGCUCGUGGGGGUGAUGAGUGGAGGUUUUGGGGAGGUCGGGGUGAGGAGCGGGCCAGAGAUGUCCACCACAGAUGCGUCCAGCUGCCUCAGUAAUGUCAUCGUGAUGAACGGGGACAGCGGUGGCCAUUGCAACGAGGUACUAAGCGCGGAGGCCAGUACGGAGCCCAGCACGGACCUAGAGACCACUGCAACAGCCCAGCUGCACCAAAGAGACAACAGCCUGGAGAACAUCUACAACUUAUAUGCAAUUUCAUGCCAUUCAGGUAUCAUGGGAGGAGGACACUAUGUGACCUAUGCCAAAAACCCCAACAACAAAUGGUACUGUUACAACGACAGCAGCUGUAAGGAAGUGCACUCGGAGGAGAUGGACACGGACUCUGCCUACAUCCUGUUCUAUGAGCAGAAGGGAGUGGACUUCUCUCAGUUCCUGCCAAAGACUGACGGCAAGAAGAUGGCCGACACCACUAGCAUGGACGAGGACUUUGAGUCUGACUACAAGAAGUACUGUGUCCUGCAGUGAUUUCAUGAUCACACCGUCUUCCACCAACCUACCGGUCAACCCUCAAGGACACAAUGCUUCUUCAGCCGGUCUCAACUGGGCUCCCAGGAAGCACAAAAUGGUGUCUUUUGGCCGAGUCAUCACAAACUGAACCACUUGGAUGCCGGAGCAAUUGUCAUGUUUUCGGAUACCGCAAGAUACCCCCCGUGUUGUUUUGUCAAGAGAACAACAUUGAAGACCCAUUUUUUUUUUUAAAGCACUAAGCUGUUGCACAUUGAGCCUGAGGAAACCCUCCCUCUCCUCUGUGUGUGUGUGUGUGUGUGUGUGUGUGUGUGUGUGUGUGUGUGUGUGUGUGUGUGUGUGUGUGUGUGUGUGUGUGUGUGUGUGUGUGUGUGUGUUAUAUUGUCAACGCAUGAGCUGAUAUUGCUUCCUUGUUGCGCAUAUUUGUCCCCUGCAGCCAUCAAAACAUGUCCACAUACCUACAUAAUGUCUGUCUCUAUAACUCACUAUAGUGAAACGGUAGAGAUUAAUUAUACUAAUAUUAUUUAAUCGAUAAAAAGUUUUUUUUUAUUUUCCUUCUUCAGUAACGAUACUGUUUAUUAUUUUUUUUAAACAACUCCUAAUGCUACCUCACUGCAUUUCAUUGGCCAAUUGGGAACGGUCAAAUAUUUUUGACAGUAUUAAAACCUCACCCACUUCCUCCUUUUGAUGUCCGCGCACGCACACACACACACACACACACACACACACACACACACACACACACACUUUGAAAAAAUAAUAAUCUCCCUUUAUGAAGAAAGAUUCCACCAAAUUGAGGGGUUUGACCUUAAUUUGACCCCUUGCCAAGCAACUUCCUAUAACAAAAAAAGUGCAAUUGCUGAUCAGCGUACCCACGACAUCGAAUGACUUUAGGGGCGUUCACUGUAGUCAUUUUAACUCGCAAGCUUGAGUUUAAAUCUAGGUUAUGUUGUGGACAGGUGCCAUAGAGGAUGUUUCAAAAAUAAUAUAUAAAUAUGUAUAUUUGUAUUGUUUUCUCUUUCUCCAAAUACUUAUUUUAUAGAGUUAUUUUUAUCAUUGCAAUUAUUUGUAUGUAUGUACAUUUUUUUGUUAAUUUAAGAGUUGUUCUCAUCUCUGGUGUUUGUCUACAGUACGUUGUAGGGAGCCACUCUUGAGAUUGUAAAUGAAUAGGGCCACAUGACACCCUAUUCCCUAGUGCACUACUUUUGACCAGGGCCCAUAGGGUUCUGGUCAGAAAUAGUGCACUACUGAACGGGUACCUUCACAAAGUAUUCAUACCCCUUGACUUAUUCCACAUUUU